AUGACAACAACGUCCAAUAGUUUACAAAAAUUAGUUGGAGAAAAAUUAAUUAGAGAUAUGUUACGAUGUGAAUCUGUUCGACAAAAAGAACGAAAUGAUUGGAAAGUUCUUGUUAUGGAUCGUUUAGCAACACGAAUUAUAUCUGCAUCAUGUAAAAUGCAUGAUAUUAUGUCUGAAGGAAUAACAAUUGUAGAAGAUAUUAUGAAAAAACGUGAACCAUUAGGAAUGCUUGAAGCUGUUUAUUUUAUUCAACCAAAUGAACAAUCAAUUAACGAACUUAUUAAUGAUUUUGAUAAAGUAAAUGCAAUAGUACCAAAAUAUAAAGCAGCACAUGUCUUUUUUACUGAAGCAUGCAAUCCUGAUUUAUUUACAAAAUUAACUCAAUCAAAAUGUGCAAAAUAUAUCAAAACAUUACGAGAAGUUAAUAUUGCCUUUUUGCCAUAUGAACGUCAAGUUUUUACACUUGAUUCACCUGAAACAUUUUCAAUUGCAUAUGAUCCAUCACAAUCUCAUCGACGAGCUGCACAUUUAGAAGUUAUUGCUGAACAAAUUGCAACAUUAUGUGCAACACUUGGUGAAUAUCCAACAAUACGCUAUCGAUGUGAAAAUGAAAAAAUGCUUGAAUUUGCACAUGCUGUACAACAAAAACUUAAUCAAUAUAAAGCUGAUGAUGCAACAAUGGGUGAAGGUGGUGAUAAAGCAAAAUCAGUUUUACUUUUAUUGGAUCGUGGUUUUGAUGCUGUUUCACCAUUACUUCAUGAACUAACAUUCCAAGCUAUGUCACAUGAUUUAUUAAAAAUUGAAAAUGAUGUUUUUGAAUAUGAAGCUCAAACAGCUGCGGCAGAUCCAAAAUUAAAUGCAGGACAAAAACAAAAAGUUUUAUUAGAUGAAAAUGAUGAACUUUGGACUGAACUUCGUCAUCAACAUAUUGCUGUUGUUACACAGAGUAUCACAAAAAAAAUUAAAGAUUUUGCAAUACAAAAACGUGUUAAAGAAACUGAAAAAGGUGACCGUACAACAAUGAAAGAUCUUUCAUUAAUGAUUAAAAAAAUGCCACAAUAUCAAAAAGAAUUAAAUGCAUAUGCACUUCAUUUUAAUAUUGCUGAACAAUGUAUGAAUGCAUAUAAUCGAGGUUCAGGAGAAAGAAUAUGUACUGUUGAACAGGUAAGAGAAUAUUUAUUUUUUUAUUCAAUAUAA